AGAGGAUCUGUGAAAACCACUUCUUAAAAGGACUCCACAAAGACUCAUCCCGUCACCAUGAAGAUGGAUCCCAAAGGUUUUUAUGUCUACUGGAUCAACCAAAGCAAGGAGACAACGUUCCUGGAUGUUGCUACAAUCAGAGACACCAGAACAGGAAAAUAUGCAAAACUUCCAAAACACCCUAAGGUCCGUAACGUGUUCAACCUGGACUUCCCAGACAGCAACCAUCUUGCAAAAACUCUGACCAUCGUCUCAGGCCUAGACAUGGUGAAUCUCACGUAUCAUAACUUCUUUGCCUCAAAGGAAAAAGUUACACAGAACUGGGCCAAUGACAUUCUUGCAAUAGCCUACAACGCUGCAAGAAACAAUUCCUGCAGACAAGUCUUCCUGGAGAAAAUAUACGUGCGCAUUUCUCUUCACACCAACAAGGACGGCAAGAUCCCAGUGAAAUAUAUCUAUAAGAUGUUCCCUGCGGAUAAGAAGAGGGUGGAGAGUGCCUUAGCAGCAGCUCACCUCCCUAAAGGAAAGUACGACUCCAUAAAGCCGGAUGUCUUCACUGAAGCCGCGUUCAAGACUUUCCUGACAAAUCUCUGCCCUCGCCCUGAGAUCUAUGAGAUCUUUACUUCUUACUCCAACAAACCCACCAUGACAAAGGACAACUUCACCAAGUUCCUCAACGAGAAGCAGAGGGACUCUCGCCUCAACGAGGAGCUGUUUCCACGUCUGCGGCAGGACCAGAUUAAGGCUCUUAUGGAGAAAUAUGAACCCCUCUCUGCUAACUCAAACAGAAACCUGAUCUCUCCAGAGGGUCUCUUAUUCUUCCUGAUGGGGCCGGAGACAACAGUGGUCGUGCAGGACAGAGUGGCCAAGAGCCAAGACAUGACCCAACCCAUUCCCCACUACUUCAUCAAGUCCUCCCACAACACAUACCUGACAGCCGGUCAGUUCUCAGGCGUGUCCUCUCCGGAGAUGUACCGUCAGUGUCUCCUGUCUGGCUGUCGCUGUCUGGAGCUGGACUGUUGGAAGGGCAAACCUCCAGAUGAAGAGCCCAUCAUUACUCACGGGUUCACCAUGACAACUGAGAUCCUCUUCAAGGACGUGAUUGAAGCCAUAAAUGAGAGCGCCUUCAAGACAUCCCAGUACCCUGUUAUCCUCUCAUUCGAGAACCACGUGGACUCGGUGAAACAGCAGGAGAAGAUGGCUAACUACUGCAAAACCAUAUUUGGUGAUGCCCUGCUAACAGAUCCGCUGGACAAAUACCCUUUGAAGCCAGGCCAGCAGAUCCCAAGCCCAUCUGAGCUCAUGGGAAAGAUCCUCAUCAAGAACAAGAAGGGCAGCCAUGGAAAGCCAGCCCAGAAUAAGAAAACUAACACAGCUGCCAUUGACCAGACCACAACCACAGCUGCACCCACCCUGGACCCAAAUACGAACUCCCAGGACCCUGCUAACCCAGCACCCAGCACCCAGGAGAACCAAGAGGGGGACGCAGCUGUGGAGGACACCGAGGAGACAGAAGAGACGGACGAGCAGGAUGAGGAGAAGAUGAAGACGUCAGAUGAGGGCACAGCUGGACAAGAAGUAACAGCAUACGAGGCCAUGUCAUCCAUCGUCAACUACAUCCAGCCCAACAAAUUCAUCUCCUUUGACAAUGCCAGAAAGAAAAACAAGAGUUACGUCAUCUCAUCUUUUGUGGAGACCAAAGGCGAGGCAAUGAUCGCCAAGACUGCUGUGGAAUUUGUCGAGUACAAUAAGAGGCAGAUGAGCAGGAUUUACCCAAAAGGAACAAGAAUGGAUUCAUCCAACUACAGCCCUCAAACCUAUUGGAAUGCAGGCUGUCAGAUGGUGGCGCUAAACUACCAGACAAUGGAUUUCCCCAUGCAGCUGAACAUGUCUAUGUUUGAAUUCAACGGCAGAACGGGAUACCUCCUGAAGCAUGAUGUUCUGCGACGCAGUGACAAGAAGUUUGACCCCUUUUGUGACAGGAUCGACACAGUUGUGGCAAGCACAUUGACCAUAAAGAUCUAUUCAGGCCAGUUUCUGUCUGACAAGAGUGUGAAAACAGGAGUAGAGGUAGAAGUGAUCGGGCUGCCUGGUGACCCAAAGAAGAAAUAUCGCACCAAGUGGUCCACAACACCCAACACCAUUAACCCAGUGUGGAAUGAAGAGCCCUUUGUUUUUGAUAAGAUCUUGCUCCCAGAAAUGGCCUCUCUAAGAAUUGUGGUCCACGAGGAAAACGGUAAAUUCUUGGGACACAGGAUCAUCCCACUUGAUGCCAUCCAAUCAGGUUUCCAUCACAUCUGCCUGCGCAGUGAGAGCAACAUGCCGCUCACUCUGCCUGCUCUCUUUGUCUACAUCGAGGUCAAGGACUACAUCCCUGCUGCCUUCGCUGAUUUCACAGAUGCCUUGUUCAACCCAACAAAAGGCACAGAGAAAACCACAAAGACCCCAAAAGAGUCAUCCUCCGACUACAUUUCUCCCUAUGAGUUGCCUCUUGUGGCCCAAACAGCAGUCAAAGCUCAGGAAAGUGAAGCCCCAGCUGAAGAAAAGGCAGCUUCACCCUCAGAUGAUGCCACUGAACAGCUACCCCAAGAGACAGGCGCAGAAGAAGCAAAAGAAGAGUCGGGGAACAAAGCUGAACCUGCAGAAGAACCUUCUCCACCUCCUGAGGACACCCCUGUUGAAGACCCAGCUCCAGAUGCUGCACCUGAAGAGCCAAUCCCUGAAGAGCUGACUCCUGAAGAUCCAACCCCUGAGGAGAAAGCCCCUGAGAGUGAACCUGCUCUAGAACAGGAGGCAGCUCCUGAAACCAAAGAUGAACCUGCGCUAGAACCAGAGGCAGCUCCUGAAACCAAAGAUGAGCCACUGAAUGACUCCACUACAAACCCAGAGCCUCUUCCAGAUGAUAAACCAGACAUAGAGGCUGCAGAAGAGUCUGUUGCUGUGGUCCUUCCCAGUGCAGGUAGUCCACCGCCAGAUUCUGCAGGUUCAAAUGAAUCAUCUCAGCUUCCAACGUCAAGUGAAGAGUCUUCAACUGUGACCACUGAAGAACUGACACAGCACAAGAACUACCUGAAGGUCAUCAAGCGUCAGGAGAGAGAGCUGAAGGAGGCAGAAAAGAAGUACCAGAAAAAGGGAGAGGAUCUGAUUCAGAAAUACUCUGACAACUUCAAGGCCAUGAAGAAGAAGGCCUCUGUGAAGAAAAAGGAGGGAGAAAAAAACACCUCUGGGUCCAGUGUGAGUACGGAGCGGGUGCAGGAGCAGAAGGAAAAAAUGCAGGUUGAGCUGCAGGCUUUGUGGACGGAGCAGUGUGAUCAGCUGAAGAAGAAGAAGGAGCAGUGGGCCACAGAGAGACUCGCCAAACUGUUAGAGAUGGCCACAGAGAGACAUGCCAGUGAACUGAAGACUCUUGAGAGUGAAUCGAAAGAGAAUAAGAAGAAACAUUCUAAAUGUUCACCGUCAGAGAAAGCAAAGCUGAAAAAGGCAAUGAGCACGGAGAUACUGGAUGAGACAAGUCAGUCUGAUGCUGCUUCUUCAGAUUGCAGCCCACAGCAAGAGGCUCUGAUGAAGAAACAGGCUGUUACCCUGGAGGAGAUUAAGACUCUGAGCAAUCAGCUUAAUCAGGAGGCCCUGAAGGAGCACGCUCAGAAAACAAGGGCGCUGCCAGCCGAAGUGAGGGAGGCGGUCAACGUGUGUGUGGGGGCUCACUUUCCUGAACUGGUCGAUGAAAAUGGAGGCAAGAAGGUGGAGGGAGUGGGCUUCUACGGGGAUGUCUUCCUGGGUUAGAUAACACUUAUGUAUAACCUUGUUCUUACUUUUCUUACGUUUUUAUCUCAUUUUUGAACCUGUUACAUAACCUACAGCCUGAACAUAACCAUAGAAUAGUAGGAAAUCAUUCAGUAAGGGAAGCUCUGUGUGGAAUUUCAAUUUAGAGGUGCUAUUCAUGAGUCUUUUGAGGGAGUUUUAAACCGUAAUGAUGUUUUCAUGGGUGUCCUUCAGACCAAAGGUUUGAUGAUUUGGAAAUAAUUACUGUUCUCGGUUUUAGUCUUUCUUUCUGUUCCUUUUCAUUGAUGACAAACGCUCCAAUAAAGCAACGAGUAACUUCCGCAUGAAAGCCCAUCAACUGAAAGCUUUAGCUUGGUACUCACAGUCUUCUUUCUUCUCUCCUAAUGAGUGAACAUUUUGGAAUAAACAUAGCUGUGAAAACAGGUUAUCAGAGUCUGCAGACUGAAUUCAGACAAUGAGUCCGUCUGUCACAUUUCAGUGCAUUGUGAGUGAUACUUUAAGAAGACACAGCAGAGCAUUCACUCUUAGAUUAAGGUGUUUUGUGGACAUUAAUAUACAUUUAGUGGCAUUGUGAUUAUGAAAAUGCAGAAAAGAAGCACAAUUGUGGCAAGAUUUGUCUCAAUAAACUGAUAUUUGCACUUUA